CGGGGUUGUGUUCCUCCCUUCGAGUCUCGUUCAAAGUUUUACGUUUUUCGUCGUGCAAUCUCACCGUUCACGUUCCACUUCCGGUCCGGAAAUGGUCCCCAGGGCUCGUGCGGUGGAUUUGUGUUAACAUUUGUGUGAAUUUCGUGCGUUAAUUGUGCAAAAAUUGCGUGUAAAAUUCGGUGGUGUCUGCUGGGGGAAAAAGAAGAACUGGUUGUUCCAAGGGGAAAGAAGAAGACAAGUGUGUUUAUGUGUGUGUGUGCGUGAGAGGUGUCAAAAUCGAAGCAGGCUCUUCGGUGGUGGUGUUGGUGUGGCAACCCUCUCUCAACAUAAAACAAAACGCAACAUUCAAAGCAGAAGCAUAAAAGUUCUGGUCGCGAAAGGACGAAGAAACAUCGUGUGAAGACAGACGACAGGAUCAAGGUGAAAUUCGAAAAAAAAAAUAACACCCGGCCACAAGAUGGAGAAUCCCGACGAUCGGGUUUACGCCGCGGAGAAAAUCAUGAAAAAGCGGGUUCGAUCGGGCAAAGCUGAGUACCUGGUCAAGUGGAAGGGCUGGAGCACGCGGCACAACACCUGGGAACCGGAGGAGAACAUCCUGGACAUUCGGCUAAUCGACAUCUUCGAGCGCUCCCUCCGGGGUGGUUCCACUCCGAAUAAACGCAAGCGCAAACCUCGCAUUGAGAGUUCGGACGAGGAGGACGCUCCCGAACCGGCCGUACCUGCGCCAGCUCCGGUCGUCGUUGCUAGUCCCGAACCUGAGCCGAAACCGGAACCUGCUGCCGCUGCUGCACCGCUAAAGGAGGUCAUUACGAUCAAGAAGGAAAAAGAGGAUAAACCUAGCAAGAAGGAGAAGGAGAAAGAUGGUGAAAGUUCUUCCAAGUCGAAGACGGCGCCGGUUGGUGGCGGUUCCAAGGACAAGUCGGACGUCGUGGUGCCGCCCCAGGCGCAGGUUCCCAGUUUGAAGAUCUCGAUUUCGCAGAACGCCGACAACGACACGGCUUCGAACAGCAGCGAUGAUCAGCCGUUGAGCCACAAGGACUUGGCCGGGACGACGCGAAAGGCCGAAGUGCUGUCCAAGGAGGGCAAAGUGGGCGUCACAAUCAAAACCUCGCCGGACGAGGGAAGCACGAGCAGCCCAGCGGCCAAGAUUCCGCGGCUAGAAACGGUACCUGCGGCGGCGGCCACGGUCACGACACCGGUUCCCAAGUCGGAACUCAAACCGACGGCGCCACUUUCGCCGGACACCCCAGCAUCACGACCCGAGUCAAACAUUCCACCCGCGGAGAACCACGUGGCUGCGGCUCCAGCGGCGGCGGUGGCGCUGGCGCCCCCCGCAGCAGCUCCCGAGGAAGAAAACAGCCCCAAGCGGCCGGAUUUGCCCGUAAGCAAUAACAACACCAUCAACAACAACAACGGCAAACAUCAGCACCACCUGACGCUGUCUCCCCGGGCGGCCCCUCCCCAGCUGUGGUUGCCGCGGGCCCAGGUCACGGACCAGGUGUUUAUCACCGACGUCACCGUUAACCUGGAGACGGUCACGAUCCGCGAGUGCAAAACCGAGCGAGGGUUCUUCAAGGCGCGUGACCUGAAGGAUCUCAAGAGUGACAUUUGCAACUGAAUUACGCGGGCGUGUGUGCGUGCGCUGGCACAAUUGUAAAUAGCUUAAUCUACCCUUUUUGAUGAUGCAAACUCACCUACAGACUGUACAAAAAACGGUAGAUCGGGGUGAGGACUUGGAAUGACAGAAAUGAACUGGGUCUAGUGAUAGUGAUACGAAACAGCAACAAAUAAGUAGUUUCUAGUGUUUCUUACAUACACACACACACAAACAAACAAGCAGCAAUGGAUGCUAAUUCUGAUAUUGAGCGUAAAUGUUUUUAGUUUGUAGUUAACUUUUGAUCUACAUAAACACACACAGCAGCAGCAACAACAACUACAACAAUAAAACAGGAAAGAUGCAUGGAGUUUUAAGGGAAGUUAAAACAGCUCUCCCCUAUGAAAUAUGUUGGUUAUUUGUGAAUGCAAGGGAGAAGUGAUAAGCCAGAACUGAUAAUUACAGAAACUACAUUUUACGAGCUUUUUUUUCGAAAAAAAAACUACUUUCGCACCUUUUAAUCUUGUCGUUAGCGUUUAGUUUCACACCUUAAUUUAUUUAGUGUCGUUCUCCGCCGAAGGCGAACGAUGGUUAAUUUUACUACAACUAAGAUUUUUUCUCGUAAAAAAUAAACUUUAGCCAUUUAAACAGAUGAUCGCGUUUAGGUUUAGUCGUAAUUGUGUAACCACAUGAUUUGUGUUGUAAGUUAUUUUAGAAGUAACCAGGUUCCAAAUUACCGUUUGAGCUUCAUGAAUCUUGUCAAAAGCAUAACCAACAACAACAACAAACAGGCAAAGCUUAAAAAUGUUGAGAGAAUCAAAACAAGGGUGCAUUUUUUCGGAAAAGCUUGUAAUUCUCGUUAAUUACUUUACACUAAAUUAUUCUUCUGACCAAAAAUGAUUUUAUUCGAUAGAGAUAGCAUUGCUUUUUGUAAUUUUAUUUAUUAGCGCGAAAGUUUUCUACCGUUAAUGAAAGGUAAAACCAAGUGAGAUGUGUAAGAAGGCAAACGGAAAUCAACAAAAACAAAGCAGUAUGCAUUCACACUACUUUACUUACCGCAAGGAAUGUAAUUGUAUUUUUCUCCUAGUUUAUAGAGGCAUUGUUACACAAGUAUAACAAAACACAAAACAAUAAAGCAAGCAAAUAAGUAUUUAGAA